AGCAUGUUUUGUUAUUAAUAUAUGUAAGUGAAUUUUUUUUAUUUAUGCACCUUGUUAUAGAUGUCAAUAGCAGUUUCAUCUUGAUUGACAUUUGAAAUCACAAGCCACAAUUAUUGGUAAAAAUUGUUUCUCAUGCACUUCAUAGGUCUUGUUAUUCGUUUUUGGAAAGCUAGAGUCAUUGUUAUUUUGAAAGUCUAAAAUAAAGGCUUUCUUGACAUGGUCAUCGGACCUAUUUUUCGAUUCAUAUUGAAAUGCUAAGUUUAGAUUGCUCUGACAUCAGUUUUAUGAUAAGUUGUACGAGGUGCUUCGUGUUAAUUUUUUGGAUGAUAGGGGAUUCAUGGCCAUUUUAUUUAUGCGAAUGAUUUUGUUAAGAGUCAAAGAAAAGGCUUAUGGGCAAAACUUGGGUGACAGUGAACAGGAAGUGAAGUACAACACUAAGUUUUUCUGACAGAUUUUUUGCUUGACACUUAUCACAGUUGAUCUUUCGCUUUUUUGGUAGCAAUAUGGAUACGACUAUACUCUGAAAAUGUAAGAAUCACAGUCAAGAUAGGAAGCCUCAGUUGUAUUUUAAAUUAUAGGAAUUAGAAUUAAUUUAGGUAACCAUGAAAAAUGGGCAAGAUUGCAUGCAAGGAAAGUCUUGCAAAAUGUGGCAUGCUAUAUGUUUUUAAUUCAAGGCUUGAUUUGGAAUUCAUUUUGGUCUUAAUUGUAAAUGUCUAGUUCUCUUAAGCGUGGAAUAAUGAAUUCAAGCAAUUUAGUAUGCAAACGGAGAAAAUUACCCAUUACCUGUCUAGAUAUUUGGAAGGCAUGCAGAUUUGCUAAUGUGCAGGAGGUUUUUAUGGAACCAUUGAUAACCUGCAUGCCUUUGGAACUCAAAGCUCUUUACAAGGGUAAAUUACCCAAUGCAUCUCCAUUGAAGAAACUUUCAGAAUUUCUGGUUGAACCCGUUGAACCACCCAUUGAACCAUUGGAAAAUGCUGCUGAACCGAUUGAUUUACAAGAUGUUACUGAGCCAAUUGGUUUGCAAAGUAGCGUUGAACAGGUCGAUCACCAAUGUGUCAUUGAGCAUGUCAAUUUGCAAGAGGGAAGUUCUGAUAAUCCCUUGGAGAAAAUUUCUAUUCAGGAAAAUAGUUAUGUCCUAAUUCCAGAAACUCCUGACACUCCGGCAGCUAUCAAAUUACUUGAAAUGAAAGCAAAAUCUAUGGAGUCAUCAUCUUCAGAUUCUGUGUUGAAUAUGAUGGAUGGAGAUCUCGACUCUCGUGGAGGGUAUAGCAAUGAACAAGAGGAUGAUGGAUGUUCGGAAACAACCAGGGUAGUGGCAAGGUUUCUGCAUCACAAAUUCACAAGUCAUAGAGAAGGAGAACAAAAGAAAACUCUCAAUUUGUCAUCUUUCCUUCAAGGUAGCACUAGAACCAAGUCGGCCAAGGUUUUCUAUGAAAUUCUGGCAUUGAGGAGCUUUGGAUGUAUUGAUGUCACUCAAGACUCUCCGUAUAGUGAUAUCAUUUUAUCGGCAACUUCACAACUUGAAAAUAUACUUGAGAAACAUUAGCGUAGGAGUAGAAGAUGUUUUGAAUUUCAAAAAGUGUAGGAAACUAACAACUAUGUUAUGAUACAUGUUCAUUUAUUUAAUGUUUGCGCAGUUUGUAUAUAUACCUUUUUUUGUGAUCAACAUUCUGUUAGUAAACAGUGAGCUUUAAUUAUUAAAUGCGGUUUCCCUCAAGUUGUAAAUUAUCUUCUUUACUGUUUUUCCUCCAAAGCAUUAUCUUCUGCUUUGUUAAUGUUGCAUAUCUUUGCUUAAUCAAUAUUUGUUCGAUAUUUCUGGUUUU